CUUCUUGCUGUUUAUCGCUUACGGCAGCUGCCGCGUCGUUAAUCUGUCUGGUUUGCUUUGCUUUGGUUUGUUAAGCUCGCAAUCUGCUCGCUGUGCUCAGUUCAAAUUGAAUUUUCAUGGUGAGCACUCGUUGGUUGUUCGUUGCGUUCUGUUUGUUGUACAUUUCGGCUUGUGCUACCGUCGGUGGUUCACUAGUUCGAACAGAGUUGCUUGGGGAUUUGCUUAGCUUGUGCCGCGAGAGUGGUGUAGGAUGUCCGCGAUUCGGGUUCAAUUGCCAAACGGUGGCAGUUGAGCUGGCCGAGGUCUAAACCGGAAUUCACUUCAUCGGCUGUGCUGUCGAGCACGUUGUGUGCGAUUGCAAUUAUUUUUAUUAACGCUGCCACAAAAUUGAAUCUUAAUUGAUUGGUAUAAUAAGCCAACGAUAACAAUAUUAAAUUUUUAUUAUGAAGUACAUAUUUACUUGUGUACGAAGGAGCAUCACCGUUUAAUACGACUGUGAACCAUUGUGAAUACAUCAACACAUACACGUACAUACAUACAUAAUACUCCGAUAUUUGUGGAUUUUGUGCAUUAAUCUUUUCGACUGACGUGAAUAAAAUUGAUUUGAUUGUGUGAUUUGGUGCAAAUUGAAGGUGAAUUCAUUCCACAUUUAUGCAAUAGUCACUGUGAGUUGUUGCUGUAUGUUUAUUCGCUCAUCUGCAGAGCAUUAGUACAGAAUGGUUUUAGAGCAACAACUGCAGCAGCAUCAACAAAACCUGCAACUAACACGCAUUUCAGCGCAAGGACGUUUGAGCCCGACGGCAGAUACUGCCAGCGGUCCCGAUAGUGUAACGGUCAGUGGCGGUGGUAGUAUAGUUUCGUGUCCUGGAACAGUGGUCCGUUCAACAGCUAAUUCGGCAACCAUGCCGCCGGAAGGCUUGCAUCCAACGGCUGCGUUGCAGUUGUACGCCGCUGCUGCCCAGUUAGCGCCCGGUGGUGUGCGGGUCCCUCCUUGGGGACCAUUUCUUCAAUUCGGUGUGCCGGGAGUGUUUGCCGGCGGCCCGUUUUUAGGCCGUCCACGCUUUGAGACUAAUCCGCAAAAUGCUGCUGCGGCUGCUGCGGCCUCACAAAUGGCGGUCAAUGCAAGUAAUGCGUUCGCCAAUUUAACUGGAUUAAGUGUGGCGAUGAGAAAUGUUUCGGCUGUGCAAACGACUGCGGCUGCCGCUGUUGCUACGGUAGCCAUUCAGCAUCGAUUAAUGAUAGGAAAUCGGCAAAACUUGGCAGCAGGUCCGCCUAGCGAAGGAUCGAAUGAAGAUGGAGGCUUUCCUGGUGAUGGUGAUGAGGAUAGUAAUGCUGCGAAACGGAGACGAUCUCGAACCAACUUCAAUUCGUGGCAACUGGAGGAACUCGAGCGCGCGUUCUCUGCCAGCCAUUAUCCCGAUAUUUUCAUGCGAGAAGCAUUGGCCAUGAGACUGGACUUGAAGGAGAGCAGAGUUGCGGUAUGGUUCCAGAACCGAAGAGCAAAAGUGCGGAAACGUGAACACACCAAAAAAGGACCGGGACGACCUGCACAUAACGCUCAACCUCAAACCUGCUCCGGAGAACCAAUUCCGCCAAGUGAAUUGAAAGCCAAAGAAAGGGCUCGGCGAAGAAAAAAAUUAGCGAAAGCGAUUGAUCGUCAAGCGAGAAAGUUGCAGGCCAAAGGCAUCACGGUCGACCUCGAAGCUCUCAAGGCCGAAUACAUAUCACAACAUAAAGCCAACGGCACCUUCUCCGACUCAGACCUGGAAGACGAUGGCAUACAAAUAGACGUAGUGGGUGGCACGGACAGUGACGACGAUGGAGACGACUGCUCAUUUCGAAGCCCCAGAGCAAAUAGCUUAAUGCCAGGUAGCUUCUCACCAAACAGUAGUCAAAAUGGCAUAGAGAGUCCAGUAUCCAAUGGGGAACGCAACAACGAGGAUGACAGUAAUGCCACAGAUAGCUGUGGAAAGACAUCUUUCAUUUUUCCUACAGCAAGUACCGGCAUAUCGAAUUUGCGAUUAAAUCUGACAAAUUCCAAUACACCCGCCCAUGAAUAUCAGCAACAACACCAGCAAAAUCCACAUAAUCAAAUCCAUCAAAAUCACAACAGCAAUCAACAUCAAACAUCGCCGAUUAGCAUCCGGCGGAACAAUCCAUUUAGCAUAGAGUCACUUCUGUUCAACAAUACGUGAGAUUUAUUGAGAUGGUUAAAUGGUUGAAUGCAAAAGCAAACAAGUUGUACGCUUUCUCGCAAGCCAUUGCUUGUGCCCACUUUACCCAUCCACAGCAGAUACGCGUUAACACACAGACACAUACCGGGUGCACAUCAGCCAAGCCACUGUAUAGUGUAUGUACCAUACAAAUAAAUGACUAAAUAUUAAGUAUGUAUGUAUAGCAUUAGUGAAUAGUUAAAGAAUGUACCAUGAAUGAACUCAACUAAUAAACGGAAUUGUUUGGCA